AUGUCACAAAGCCAUGCUCUUUCAGAUGACCAGGUCGCGGGCGAGCUCCGCAAGAUGACCGCCUUCAUCAAGCAAGAAGCACUCGAGAAGGCCCGCGAGAUCCAGCUCAAGGCCGACGAGGAAUUUGCAAUCGAAAAGUCCAAACUGGUGCGCCAGGAAACCGCCGCUAUCGAUACCCUCUACGAGAAGAAGUUCAAGCAGGCUGCCAUGUCCCAGCAGAUCACCCGAUCUACACUCGCCAACAAGACCCGACUGCGUGUGCUUGGUGGUCGUCAGGAGCUGCUCGAUGAACUGUUCCAGAAUGCCCGUGAUAAGAUUACCAAGGUCGCUGCCAACGACAAGACAAAGUACCAGGCCAUGCUCAAGGGGCUGGUCCUCGAGGGCCUGUACGAUUUGAAUGAGGAUAAGGUGCAGAUUCGCUCGCGGAAGAAGGACUUUGAUGUCACUAAGAAGGCUAUCGAGGAGGCGGCCAAGGAGUACAAGGAGAAUGUUGGCUCAGAGGUUACCGUGACUGUGGAUGAGUCGGAGCCGUUGGCAGAGGGAUCUGCCGGUGGUGUGAUUAUCGUUGGCGGACAGGGCAAGAUCGAGAUCAACAACACUUUCGAGGAGCGUCUGCGACUGCUGGAAAUCGAUGCCCUCCCUGCGGUCCGACAGACGCUCUUUGGCAAGAACCCGAACCGAAGAUUUUACGAUUAA